AUGUUUGCUAGAUCUGCAUUCCGCGCGGCUCAGCCGUUGAGGACGUGCGUCCGCCACUAUGCCACCGAAUCUGCACCUAAGAGUGGCUCCAGCAUGCUCCUCCCCGUUGCCGGCGCCGCCGCUGUUGCUGGCGCAGGAUACUACUAUUUUGCCGGCGGAGAAGGGGCCGUGGCCAAGGGCACGCAGGCGGCCGGCGCUGCCGUGAAACCAGCCUUCACUGGUGGUGAUCAGGGCUUCGUAUCACUGAAGCUGGCCGAGGUCGAGACCGUCAACCACAACACUAAGCGCUUCCGUUUCGAGCUUCCCGAGAGCGACCAUGUGUCGGGCCUGCACAUCGCCAGCGCCAUCCUGACCAAGUUCAAGGGUCCCAACGAUGAAAAGGCCACACUGCGACCCUACACUCCGAUCAGCGAUGAGGGCCAGCAAGGCUUCCUUGAUCUCUUGGUCAAGAAGUACCCCGACGGCCCCAUGAGCACCCACCUCCAUAACAUGGUUCCCGGCCAGCGGCUGGACUUUAAGGGACCGCUCCCCAAGUAUGCCUGGUCCGAGAACAAGCACGAACACAUCGGCCUCAUCGCCGGCGGCACCGGCAUUACUCCCAUGUACCAGCUCCUGCGAACCAUUUUCAACAACCCCAAGGAGAAAACCAAAGUCACGCUGGUGUUUGGAAAUGUUACCGAAGAUGACAUCCUUCUGAAGAAGGAGCUUGCCGAGCUUGAAAACACCUACCCUCAGCGUUUCCGCGCCUUCUACGUGCUCGAUAAAGCCCCCAAGGGUUGGACUGGCAACAGCGGCUUCAUCACCAAGGACCUGCUGAAGACGGUGCUUCCCGAGUCCAAGAACGAGAACAUUAAACUUUUCGUCUGUGGUCCUCCCGGCUUGAUGAAGGCCAUCUCCGGCAACAAGGUCAGCCCCAAGGACCAAGGCGAGCUCAGUGGUGCCCUGAAGGAUCUUGGCUACUCGAAGGAGCAGGUGUACAAGUUCUAA